CUUGCUUGUUCAUCAGCCUCAUGCAGUAUUCUGCAAUGGCAUUGGCAUCGGCCGCCGUGCGGAUGCUUCGGUGAUGGCCAUGUUGAUCGGAAGUAUCGCCAUAGUGGCGAUUCCGAUUCUUUUCGCUGCUAUUUUCUUUCCGGAUAAUCCAGCCCUGGAGGUCUCCUAUCCCGCGUCUCCACCAAGAAGACGGCUGACGGACCGACCCACGGAGGCUCUGCUGGCCGACGCGCUUCGCAGCGGCCCAUGCCUGAAACCCACCAGGGUCGUUCUCACACUGUCGACCUCUGCUGAUAGAGAUGCGCGACCAACAGUGCAAUCUCUUGUGGAUCAAAGCUGUCCCGUCGAUGCGCUGUAUCUUUUUGUCAUGGGCGACUCCAGUGCCGAGCCGAGCAGAUCGCUGCGAGAGGUGAAAGCGAUGAGCGACAUUAUUAUCGUGAAAAAGAUGGCACGGCGCAGUUCCAAUCUCUUGGCUGCCCUGGAGGAAGAACGCGAUCCAAGUACAUGGAUCAUCACUGUGGAAGAUGAUGUGGUGUAUCAAAGGGACAUGGUGCUGGCACUGGUGGUGGCAGCAGCUGCAUUACCGAGCAAUGUGGCGCCAGCUUUCUGGUGUGCACAAGCCUUUGUCCGGGUCGGCAGCUUGAGAUACAGCGGUCUUCCUGCUGGAAGUUCUGAAGGAACGGUUUUUGGAUGGUGUUACAGCUUCGCAGGUGUGCUAUACAAGCGAUGGUUCUUCGAUGACCAAGUCUUUCUCCUAGACAACGCAGGCUAUUUGGCUCCGGAUGCAUGCGUCAAACAUGGCGACGUUUGGGCAGGAGGCCACAUGCUGAGCAAGGGUCACGGGGAGUUCUACCUGGUAAAUCCUGGCUUCAUGUCUUUCACUGGAGGAAUGCAAACGGCCUUUGGUCGAGGUUUGAUACGAGACUCAGAGGCCCACUGUGCCAGUUGGUUCGCUGCCUAUUGGGGCGUCUUCGCUGAGGGCAGGCCGGCCAAUAUCUACAGACAUCCUCACUUUCAACGGCGAGAGAAGGACCUGAAGAUGCUGUCCAUGUUUGGCGACUUGAAUCGGAACGGAUCCUUCCUGGAAUCCAGAGCUCUGGAUGGGAGAAACAACUCGUUGAGCUUCUUCUUUGAGAAGGAACUGGGCUGGCGAGGCAUCUUGAUCGAACCCUCAGAGAUCCAGCCUCCUUUGUUGGGAGAUAGGAAUGGAUCUCUGGUGAUGCAAACUGCCAUCUGUGGUCAGGCCGGUGCGAAGCGUACCUGGCUGGAGGCAUUUGAUGGCAAAUCCAAUUUGCCAGGUGUUGCAGCCUUUGAGGAUUCUCUCGAGAAAGAGUUCGUGAGGUUGAUGGACUUCACUCGGGAAGUGCGACGAACACCCUUGAGAUGUCGACAGCUGAAGGAUAUUCUGCAACAGGCUGAAAUGCCGAAAUUGCAUUUCUUGGCUUUAGAUUGCAGUUGGGAUGCUAUGGAUAUCCUUUCCAAGUUUAACUUUCAGGACCAUGACAUUGAUGUGAUCUAUUUGGAGGUGACGCGGUCAAAAUGCCGAUUUCUGACGCGCUGGACACAUCCUUUCAGGUCUUGGUCCUGGUCCUGCGAAAAGAUCUUUGAAAAGCCGCUGAAAGACCUACUUGCUUCCAAUAGUUAUAUCCUGGUUGACACGAUUUUGGUUGAUAUUGGUGGACUUCCGAGCUUGGCACUCAAGCAGUUUUUCUUUCACUAUGCAAUGCAUGUGACGGUGGGGCUCUUUUUCCGUCGCGAAUCCCCUGAGCCGGAGCCCCUUCAGGAGAUGGCAAGGGAUGAGGUUAUCUCCUCGUACAAGUGUGCCCAGGAUGGGCAGAACUUUGAAAUCUGUGAGCUGCCUGCCCACAAUGGCUAGGAGUCGUAGCUGGCCACGAAAAAAAACAAGGGCUGCUUCUGGUAAGACAUUUGGGAUUU